GGCUGAACGAUAGAUUCCCGUUUCACAAGUACGUAUUAAGCCAUUACUUCGAAAAAGAUAAGCUGGUACGGUGGAUUGGAUACGACAGUGGUUUUAAUAUUUUUGCGAAAUGUGGUUUAAUUAAUUUCUUUCGAUCCUCAUUAUCGCUGAUGUUUCGUUCACCAUUUAAGCGGUGUGUGGAUUUAUUAUUCAGUUAUGAAUUUCUCUAUAUUUUUAGCAAUCGUUACCAUAUGGGCUGUAAAAAUAUGCAGCUCGCACCCAAUCACGAGUUCAAAUACAACAGUAAUACGUCCUGGAGACUAUCCAUAUCAGGGUGUAAUUCGAUUUGUGUCAGGCAGCAAAAUCUUUCUACUUUGCGAAGGCGCUAUUAUCGAUAAGAAAUGGAUUUUAACCGCUGCUGGAUGUGUUGACAAGUAUGAAUCAAAUCAAGAAAAUUUAGAGGUUGUAGCAGGUAUUACGUCCACAACAGAUAUCAAAUCAGAACCGCAUGCUCAAGUGAGGAAAGUAUCACGUAUUAACAUUUCUCCUUUGAGGGUUGCUUCCAAGAAAACAGCCGGCGAUAUAGCAUUAAUAGAGCUUUCCAAACCAUUUACGUUCAAUAAAUUUGUAAACAAAGCGAUUUUCGGAAAAAAUGCAACAAUUAACGGAACAGCUCAACUGGUUGGAUAUGGCAAGUCCGAAAAUUUAACAUUAACUGAAUUGAAGAUAAUUUCAAAACAAGAGUGCAAUUUGAAAACAGAUGAUAAUACAGCAGAAUUGAUUUGUGCAAGAAAGAAUAGCAGUCGUUAUGCCUUUAAUGAUGAUUCUUUUGCAGGUGCACCUUUGGUAAACUCCACCAAUUCCGAUUCUUCCAGAGAUGAAAUUGUUGGCGUUGUAUCAGGUAAAGGGCGUAAUUUUACGAGUGUCGCUCAUCACAAAAAUUGGAUUGAACGUGUAACAAAAAUUAAGUCGUCGAAUGCUGAUGAUACAAAUGCAUCGGACUUGUCUGAGGAGAAAUCAUAUGUAUCAGAUGAUGGAGGUGCGCCAGGUGGAUCAAAUAACACAACAAACGGAACUAGUACAACGCCAUCUCCCUCUUCAGAUGAUUAUUCCUCCGAAGAGGAAUCAGAAUCAAGCGAAGAAGUUGAAACUACAACUGAAGAUACUACGGAUUCCAGUGAAGAAAACAGUUCAGAUGAAACUUCGGAAGAGACCUCUACUUCCAGUUCUACAACAGAAGAGUCAGAUGAAACUGAAGAAAGUGAAUCGAUUGAAAGUACUACAGCUGAAGACACUUCCACAGAUUCAUACGAAGAUGAUGAUGCCGAAUAUGCAGAAGAAACCACAACAACAUUUCCAGGUUCCGCGGAGGAAUCUGAGGAAAGUUCUGAAUCUAAUGAAUCAACGGAGUCGUCAACCACAGCUACGACAUCAUCUCCUAGUACUACUCAAACCAGCGCACCAACACCAACCACGACUACUACAUCAUCAACAACCACAAACCCUAAGACUACAACUUCAACAACUACUUCUCGACCUACAACAUCAAGCACAACUACAACAGCAACCGCCGCUACAACGACUACAUCCUCAACUACAACACCUACUUCUCAACCUACAACAUCAAGCACAUCUACAUCAGCAACCGCCGCUACAACGACUAUAUCCUCAUCCACCUCUCCAACGACAACACCCACAACUUCCACUACGCAUGAAGAAGAUGAUGAUGAUGAUGAUGAUCCAGAUGACGAUUAUUCAAAUUCCAAUAAUCGCGAUCAAAAUUUCCCAAAUUCAUUUGACAAGGAUAAUCAUGAUAAUAAAAUCAAUUCUGGCGAUGUUGCCGGAAGCAACGCUGUUACUUCGAAUUCAGCACAACCAUCUAAUCCAUCUUUGAUUUCUACUAUGAUUUCUAAAAUUAAGAAAUUUAAAAUAUUUUUUGCCGUUUGAUAAGAGCUCACGUACUACGAAAUCAAGUAACUAGAAUAACUAAUAUAGAGUAAUGCCUUAAGAUCCAAAUUAAAAUUUCGAUACUGCACCGAUGAAGUUUUUAUACCGACGAAUUUACAAUCCCUGUAUAAUGUAUAAUGUAAUUAUACAAAACGAAUAAUAAAAUAAUUUAUAAAUACGAAAAGAA